AUGAGCCACUCCGUCAUCAUUCCCGAACAUGACGAAGACUUUCCUUCUAGCACGAGACAAGAACUCUCCUUCCAUGGCACAUCAAGAGCCAACACUAGUUAUGGUCAACUGUCCCACACUAUCAACCAUCUAAGCUCGCUUGGGAUCAUCAGAGAACGAGAAGGUAGAUGUGCUGAGUGUGGAAUUGAGACUCACAUUUUGGAGGAGACAAAAGACCAUAGGCAAAUAAAGGUGCCACUUACAAUAUGGGACGAAGUUUACAGAGGACGUUGUUUGCUUUGUCAUCCUCUUCCAACUUGGUUCGAACAACCGAAGGAAUACCAACAAAGCGUUCGGUCUGAUGCCAGGCAUUCGGGAGGCCCAAAACAUCUUGAUGAUGCCGAUGACAGUGCCGAGUUGGACAACAUUCUGUAUUCAAUGCAAAGGUAUCCGAUGGAUGAGAACAGUCAGGGCAAGUGGUGUGAAUCCCUUUGGGUCUAUUCAUGGGAUGACGAGGCAUCAUCUAUCAUUGGCAGUCUCGGGGGCAUCAGUUUGAUCAUCAGUGCAAUGGCCCGGUUUCCAGACAACACAUUUAUUCAGCUAUGUGCCUGUGGGGCCCUCGAGAACCUGGCAUCUGAUUCCAACAAUCGUUCACUAAUUGUAAAUGUGGGAGGGGCAUUCUAUGUGGCACAAGCCAUGAUGAGACACGCAGAUGAUGCCAAGCUAGAGAUCUACGGGAUCCGAGCAUUGGAUGCGUUUCGCUAUCAAGGCACGAGUUCAUUAUCAGUGUAG